CUACUUAGCAUGCCGGGAACACCCGGAAACAGGGAGAGUCUUGUCUAGGAGACUAAGGGCUCGCUUACGGAGCAACGCCUGUCGUCCUCACCGUGAGCAUUCUAGAUAGUCAGCAUCUCGCGCUCGGCCUGCGUUUUGCGCGGAGGCUGAGCGGCGCUGCCCUGCGGGCCUCUUUCCAGGAGCCAAAUUGUGCAUUGUAUACUGGGGCUUGUAGUUAGUUGCUCGUCUUCUCCCAUUAUCCUCCACUUCCUUGAGGCCCCACGAGUGGGAACAGCUACUUUCUGUACUUUGGCUCUCGGCCAUGGGAAUUUUGGAGCUGAGACUGAUCACCCUUUUUUAUUUUAGAAAUUGACAAAGUUCUCUUUCAAGAAUUUGAAAAGCGUGAACCGUGCCCCGCCUUAUACGACACUUUCCUGGUUCAAAUCUCUGCACCUUUUCUCGAUUUCAAGGGCGCAUCUGAUAACUUCCCGCAGGACCCUGGACAGGCGUGUAUGUAUUAACUAGAAUGUAGAUGGUAGCGUCUGCCUGCAGUACAGGAGACCCGGGUUCGAUCCCUGGGUCGGGAAGAUCCCCUGGAGAAGGAAAUAGCAACCCAUUUCAGUAUUCUUGCCUGGAAAAUUCCAUGAAGGCGUCUGUACAGUCCAUGGGGUCGCAAAGAGACGGACACGACUGAGUGACUUCAUUUUAAUGACGUUGAGAAAUAAAAGGUUUUACAGCUCAUGGAGCCCGCAGCCAGGGCAGUCCGAGCAGCCGGGAGACAGGAGGCGGCGGCGGCAUGAGCUACUACCAGCUACCAGUGGUGAUCGACAACGGCUCAGGAGUGAUCAAGGCGGGCCUGGCCGGGUCCCGGGAGCCUCAGUUUGUCUACUCGAACAUUGUGGGCCGCACCAAAGGCCUGACGUGCGGCGUCGAAGUGUGCGUGGGAGACCAAGCGGAGCAGCGGAGAAGCUCGCUUUCCAUCAGCUACCCAGUGGAACGUGGUCUCAUUACUUCAUGGGGGGACAUGGAGAUCAUGUGGAAGCAUAUCUAUGAUGACAACCUCAGGCUAAAGCCCUGUGAUGGCCCAGUUUUGAUUACAGAGUCAGCACUGAACCCACUGGCCAAUCGGCAACGGGUCACUGAGGUGUUUUUUGAGCAUCUGGAGGUUCCUGCCUUCUUUAUGUCCAUCCAGGGGGUGCUAGCUCUGUUUGCUGCUGGCUUCACAACUGGCUUUGUGCUGAAUUCAGGUGCUGGGGUUACCCAGUGUGUACCCAUCUUUGAGGGUUACUGUCUGCCUCAUGGUGUCCAGCAGCUAGAUCUGGCAGGUCUUGACCUCACCAACUACCUUAUGAUGCUGCUGAAGGAGAAUGGCAUCAUGCUGCUUCGUACUUCAGAAAGAAAGAUCGUCACGGACAUUAAGGAAACCUAUUGCUAUGUGGCAAUGAACUUUGAAGAAGAAAAGGCCAAGAAAGCUGACUGUAUACAGAAGAUUUACCAACUACCUGACGGGAAGAGGUUCAAGCUCCAUAACCAGCUCUUUUAUUGUCCAGAGGCCCUCUUCUCUCCAAGUCUUAUGCACCUUGAGACCCCUGGCAUUGAUAAGAUGUGCUUCAGCAGCAUAAUGAAAUGCGAUGCAGAUCUAAGGAAUGCUUUUUUCUCCAAUAUUAUCCUUGCUGGGGGAUCAACCUCUUUCCCUGGUUUAGAGAAACGUUUAGUUAAGGACAUAGCAAAGAUGGUGCCUGCCAACACCCCUGUGCAAGUCAUUGCUCCCCCAGAAAGGAAAAUAUCAGUGUGGAUGGGAGGCUCUAUUCUUGCAUCCCUGUCUGCCUUCCAGGACAUGUGGAUCACUGCUGCAGAAUAUAAAGAAGUUGGACCCAAUAUAGUACACCAGAGAUGCUUCUGACUACAGAUAACAUGGUUAGGAGAAAAUGUUUUGAGUAUAUGUGAUAGAAAACUUUGGAUAUUAUAUGUUUCUGGGAAAACAAAAUAUUUCAGUUAUUUGAAUGUCCAGGUCUCUCCUGUAUUUCUAUAAUGGGGGGAAAUAAUGGAGAAGCAGUCAAAUAACAGAUACUUACUGAGUUGAACCAAAUAAAAUGCUCAUGCUAA